CUCAUUAUCCACUUAAACCCACAACACUCUCCAAAACCCACAGCCGCCUAUUUUUGAGCCCACAAUUCAACACAAGAAGAAACUGUAAUCUAACCGUCAAUGGCCGUUAUCGUUCCGACACUUAUUUUGUUACUCACUUUGACCGGAUUAUUUAUUGGCACAAAUACCCUUGGAGUAGGGAUAAAUUACGGACAAAUAGCCAACAAUCUCCCACCACCAUCACACGUAUCAACCAUGCUAAAAUCUCUAAACAUCAUUCGUGUCAAACUCUACGACGCCGACCCCAAAGUCCUAGGUUCUUUCGCGAACUCCGACGUCGAAUUCAUCAUAGGAUUGGGCAACGAAUACCUUCCAAGAAUGCAAGACCCUCAAGAAGCCCAAAUAUGGAUCCAACAAAAGGUACAACCUUAUCUUUCACAAACAAAGAUCACAUGUAUCACUGUCGGGAACGAAAUAUUAGGAGGGCAAGAUAGUCAAUUACCACAAUAUUUAUAUCCAGCCAUGAAAACCAUGUAUCAAGCUUUAGUUAACCUCGGAUUACACAAACAAGUUUAUAUAACCACAGCUCAUUCCCUUCAAAUAUUAGCAACAUCUUUCCCGCCAUCUCAAGGGGCAUUUCGGGAAGAUUUGGUUCAGUAUUUACAACCUAUUCUUGCAUUUCAUGCUCAAACCGGUUCACCGUUUUUGAUCAAUGUGUAUCCUUACUUUGCAUACAAGAAUGACCCGAAUAAUGUACCGUUGGAGUACGUGUUGUUUGAGCCAAAUGCGGGGGCUAUUGAUCCCAACACGAAUUUGAAUUACGAUAACAUGUUGUAUGCUCAAAUUGAUGCGGUUUAUUCUGCGAUAAGAGCGUUGAAUUAUGGUAGUAUACAAGUGCAAAUAUCGGAGACAGGAUGGCCUUCGAAGGGGGAUGAGAAUGAGUUUGGGGCUACGGUUGAAAACGCGGGGAUUUAUCAUAAGAAUUUGAUUCAAAGAAUGCAGAAGCGGGAAGGGACGCCUGCUAACCCGUCGCAGCCCAUUGAUAUCUAUGUUUUUGCACUUUUUAAUGAGAAUUUGAAGCCCGGCCCGACUUCUGAGAGGAACUAUGGAUUGUAUUAUCCGAAUGGUACUCCGGUUUAUAGUCUUGGUGUGCAAAGUGAUCUUCCUCGUAUGCAGUUUUCGGCUUCUGGGAAAAAUGGAUUCUCUGUGCUCAAUCUUCUAGUGUUGCUUGUUGGAUUCUUGAUCAUUGUUUAAAGAUGGCAAAUUUGAGAAUUAUUAAAGAAUGCUCAGGAUAGUCUUUAGAGGUAGAUUAACAUUUGGAUAAGCUUUCUCUUUCAC